ACGCCGGAUCUGUCCGGGCCUGCUUGGAUUGCUACCCCGAAAAUCUCUAGUGUCGACUGGGUGGGGCAUGGCCCUAGGGAGAGGGGCGGCUCUGAACGGAUGGCGCCCCAAAUGAUCCCAGGGAACUCUCUUCCUUGGCUAAGGCUUGUCUGGUGGAUUAGAGAGGCCCGAAGGAGCUGGGGGUUCAGGAUUUGAUUUCCGACACCUGCCCCGCACCGAGCCUCAGUUUACCCCUCGAGGGGAUGGCCGUUCUGGUGGCGCAGGGAACUAGGCAUGAGUUAACCAAUGCAUAACCUGGAGGCAUGACUGCAGAAGGCCCGGAGCCUUCGCUCCUGAACUCAGCUUUGGUCGCCGACACCCUCUGCCCCACACACCCUGCCCCCAGCACGUCAUUGCUUCAGUUUGGAAAUUCCGGGGCCACGGUGGCCAGCGAGGCAGGACCACCCUCUCGGCCAGGGCACAGUCUCCAUCCGGAAAUACCGAAGUCCUCGCUCCGGAGGGGAAGGCGCGGGGUUUCCGGGAAAGUGGCCCCGCCAGCACCGCCUCUCGGCCCCCCGCGGCCAGCGACUAUAAAGGACCGACGCCGCGCUGCGCCCCAGUCUGCACCUAGCGCUUGUGCCCCGAGGCGCGGCCGCCUGCGCUCGCUCUGCCCGGCUUGCGAUGGCUCGCACCCGCCCCAGGCCCGCGCUGCCCCUGCUCCUGGCCCUGGUCGCCGCUGUGAUUCCAGGGCCUGGUGGCGCUCAAGUAUCCAUCCAACUCAGUGAGACCAUCCUGCCUCGGGGUGCAUCCCUGCAGGUGAAUUGCUCUUCCUCCUGCAGUGAGGGCCUCGACCUGGGCUUGGAGACUCAGUGGUCCAAAGUGGAGCUCCAGCAUGGACCCAACUGGAAGCUGUUUGAACUGAGUGACAUUGAGGAAGACAGCAAUCUUAUGUGCUUUGGGAACUGUGGCACUGUCCAGUCCUCAGCCUCUGCCACCAUCAUCUUGUACUCGUUCCCUGAGCGUGUGGAGCUGGACCCUCUGCCCGCCUGGCAGCAGGUGGGCAAGACCCUCACCCUGCGCUGCCUGGUGGAAGGUGGGGCACCGCGGAGCCAGCUCUCCGUGGUGUUCUUCCAAGGGGGGGAGGAGCUGCAUGCGGAGAAACUGGGUGUGAACUCCACGAACCCCAACGAGAUCACAACCAAGGUGCUGGCGAGCAGAGAUAACCAUGGAGCCAAUUUCUCAUGCCGCACAGAACUGGACCUCAGACCGCAAGGGCUGCAAGUGUUCCUGAACGUCUCCGAGGCCAGGCAGCUGCGGACUUUCGAUCUUCCUGGGACCAGCCCAAAGCUCAACAGUUCUGACCUCCUGGAGGUGGGCACCAGGCAGAAAGUGGUCUGCUACCUGGACGGCCUGUUUCCUGCCUCUGAAGCCCAGCUACAUCUGGAGCUGGGAGGCCACACACUGACCUCCAAGAGCACAAAUCGCGGAGACUUGGUGUCGGCCACCGCCUUGGUGGAGGUGACUCCGGAGCUGGAGGGAACUCAUCAGCUGCGCUGUGUUUUAGAGCUGGCAGACCAGAACCGGGAGGCAGAGAAGACCUUGAACAUCUACAGCUUUUCAGCUCCGGUCCUGACCCUGAGCCCGUCAGAGGUCUCAGAAGGAAGCCAGGUGACGGUGAAGUGUGAAGCCCACGGUGGAGCGCAGGUGGUGCGGCUGAGUGAUGCUCCGCCCGGGGACCCGUCCCCGCAGGUCAGCUUCACGCUGAACGCCAGCGCUGAUGAUGACCAGCGACUCUUCCGUUGCUCUGCGGCCCUGAAGGUGGCUGGGCAGGAGCUGUUAAAAAACCAGACCCAGAAACUCCACGUGCUGUAUGGCCCCUGGCUGGACGAGGGGGCCUGCCCGAGGAACUGGACCUGGCUGGAGGGGUCUCAGCAGACUCUGAAAUGCGAGGCCAGGGGGAACCCAUCCCCCAAGGUGACCUGCAGCAGGAAAGCAGAUAAUGCCCGGCUACCCACUGGGGUGGUGGUCACUGUCACACGGGAGAUGAGUGGUACCUACGUGUGCCAGGCCACGAGCUCUCAUGGAAAUGUCACCAGGGAAGUGUCCCUGACGAUUUACAUCCCCCCCAACAAUAACAACUUGGUCAUCGCCAUUCUGGUGAUAUUGCUGCUUAUUGUGCUGCUUGUGGGCCUGACCAUUUACCUUUACAACCGCCAGAGAAAGAUCAGGAGAUACGAGCUACAGAGGGCACAGGAGGAGGCCAUGAAACUCAAGGCACAAGCCCCGCCUCCCUGAACCACCAGGAGCCAACACCUCCCUAGGCCCCCCUGCGGGCAGCAGCUGGUGCUGCUUUUGAACAGAAAGGUGGACAGUGUUUACCCUCACCCACCUCCUCAGGCUGUGACAACAGGAUGGUGGUCUGGGGAUGCACAAAUCAGAUCUCCUUGGCCCUGCACUUGUAGCCUCAGGACUAAGUGGAGAGACGAGCAAGAUCGUGAGGGCGUGGAUCUGUGACCUGGACACACCCACAGCCUUGUGGCCUUCAGCCAGGAAAUGCUAACCUCAUUCCCUGUUGGCCAUGCUGAGGGCCCCCGCCUAAGGAAGAGUGUCUAUAUCCAAGAGACACAACACAAGAACAUGAGACCAUGCUUCCUCUGACAUAGGAGCGCUGGGACAUCGUCCCCAACUCUUCAUGAUGAUGUAUUUAUUAAUUCAGAGUUUUAACUGCUAUUUAUUGAGUGCCCUGCACAGACACUAAAGCAGUGAGCAGGCGAACACACAGGUCCUUGUCUGGAUACUGUUGCAGGGACUGUGCACACACAGAGCCUGGAGAAGGGUUCACCUGAGGCUAGGGCCCCUCUGCUGGUCAGGACGCUCUCUCUCUAAGAGCUGCUUUUUUCAUGAGUCACAAAAAUACUAAGUGGACUAGCAGUGGUCCCCUGCUCACCGGCCUCUCUUGGAGUCCUGACUCCGCAUCCCUGGCUCCCAGAGCCAUCAUGGGAGGUAACCAUGGUAACCACCUCCCCACUCACGGUCAUUCCCGCCAUUGCUCCCCAUGUCAGCCACCAUACCUAAAUAUGGAUGCCCAUCCUUGACAGCUGAACAAUUAAGUCUCAUGCUCAUGAAAUUGUGGUCAAUCUGCAUGCCCCCACCUGGCUCCACCUCAAGGAGAAAGCCUGGAAUAAAAUGCUGCAACCACUUAGGAGGGUCCUGCAAGCUGGGGGUGGGGGUGGGGGGAGCCUCCCAGCUCAGAAGUCUUUCCUUUGAGUCAAUAAAGUUUUCUGUUGGCCUCA